AUACUCUGAUUUUUAUUAUCAACAACACCCUUUAGUUUUCUCUCAUUUCUCUUUCCUUUCUUCUUCUUCCUUCUUCUUCUUCUUCAUCAUUUGUUAUGGGUAAGGAUCUUAAUUUUUUUACACAGAGGUUAAUGUUAUGCUCAAUUUUAUUUGUAGUUCUGCUUGUUUAAUUGUUAAUGUUUAGAGAGGGGUUCUUUUUUUUGUGUGGUUUGAGAGAUAGAUAGAUAGCCAUGGAUUUAGCCCCAGCUCCCAUCACUACUAGUAGUAAUAACAACACCAAAUCUCCCGACGCCGACUCCGAUACUCCGACAAACAUUCCGCCCUCCUCCGUCAAAUCUCUCCCCUUCACCAACGGCGUUCUCAAGCGCCACCACCACCGGCAACCGACGGUGGCUGUUUCUUAUAAAGAAUGUCUUAAAAAUCACGCCGCCAGUUUAGGAGCUCACGCUUUGGAUGGAUGUGGCGAAUUUAUGCCUUCCCCUUCUGCUACCCCCACUGAUCCCACUUCCCUUAAAUGCGCCGCAUGCGGUUGUCACCGGAAUUUCCACCGCCGUGACCCCGAAGAUCCAAUUUCAACUUUAGCUAUAAAUACCGCGCCGACUCAUGUCAUCGAGUAUCAGCCUCACCACCGUCAUCACCCUCCACCGCCACCGGGGAAUCGAAGCCCGAAUUCUGCAUCUCCUCCGCCGAUCUCGUCGUCGUAUUACCCAUCUGCGCCGCAUAUGCUACUGGCGCUUUCGGCUGGGUUGUCGGGUCGUCCGCCGGAAAAUAAUAUACAGGGGAAUAAUUCUGUUCUGACGGUGAGUCCGAAUGCCCGCAAACGGUUUCGGACGAAAUUCAGUAACGAACAGAAGGAAAAAAUGCUGGAUUUCGCAGAACGAGUUGGAUGGAAAAUGCAGAAAAGAGAUGAAGAUUUGGUUCGAGAUUUUUGUAAUCAAGUAGGAGUUGAAAGAGGAGUUCUCAAAGUAUGGAUGCAUAACAACAAGAACACCAUGGGAAAAAAGCCCGACUCCAAUGGCAUCACCGCCACCACCGCCGCCGUCAAUGAACCAGAUGGGGGCUUACAUAUGCAUAUUGGCUCAAAUGGGUCAUCUUCUUCUUCUUGAUCUACCACUCCCCAAGUAAUUAAUUAAUAAAAACUCCAUGAUCAUCCCCUGAUACGGAAAUCCAAGCUAGGUAGUUCUGUUUUUUUUUUUUUUUUUGAAACUUUUAAUUUUUAGUUUAGUGUUGAAUUAAGAGAUGACCAGUGAGAAGAUCAUAACCCUCUUUGGAGGUUUCUAUAACAUGAAAUUAUUAAUUAAGAACAGAGGAGAGAGGAGAAAGGAAAGCAUUAAUCAUUAAUCCUUAUUGAUUACUUCUCUUAAUUUCUUUCCUCAUCUCUAUUAAUUACUUUAUGAAUUUUGGGUUAAAUGGAUUAAGAUUAAGAUUACGCGGGUUGAUGUUAUUCUUUGGAGAUUUGGAAUAAAUAAAUCUAAUUUAAUCUAA